AUGGACGACCCCUCCUCCUCGGCUUCGAAGGACAAUGCCGAUGCUGGCUCCAUGCCUACGUCGCAUCAGCAGCAGUCUAGUGGUAGCGGUCCACUACAACCGCCCGUAGUCGCUACUGCUGCGUCUAUCGCGAGACCGCAUGGUCACGAGCUUCCCUUCGUCACGCCUUCAUCCUACCUUCGCCCAAGACCUUCGUCUGCUGCUCGCAAAAUGCCAGAGAAACCCCCCAGCCCACUCGACAAGGACCAGAUCCAGGGUCUGAGAUCUAUUCGCGAUUUCCUCAGAGUUCGAACCAGCUACGAUGUCCUACCGCUCUCCUUCCGCCUCAUCGUGCUCGACAACGACCUCCUGAUCAAGAAGAGUCUCAACAUUCUCAUUCAGAACGCCAUCGUUUCCGCGCCGUUAUGGGAUUCACACAAUUCCAGAUUCGCCGGCCUCCUGACGGCGACGGAUUACAUCAACGUGAUCCAAUAUUAUUGCCAGUUCCCUGACGAGAUGCACAAGCUGGAACAGUUUCGACUCAGCAGCUUGCGAGAUAUCGAAAAGGCCAUCGGGGCCUCCCCUCUCGAGACGGUGUCCGUUAACCCCAUGAGACCGCUUUACGAGGCCUGCCGCCGCAUGCUUAAGACGCGCGCGCGCCGAAUUCCUCUCGUGGAUGUCGACGACGAAACCGGCCGCGAGAUGGUCGUCAGCGUCAUCACACAGUAUAGAAUCCUCAAAUUCAUUGCUGUCAACAACGAACAUAACACCGUCCUGCUGAAGAAGUCCCUCAGGGAGAUUGGGCUGGGCACAUACAAGAACCUCGCUACCGCGAAGAUGAACGACGCGGUCCUCAAUGUGGUCGACCUGAUGGUCAAGCAGAACAUAUCUUGCGUGCCCAUUGUGGAUGCGGACAACCGUCUUCUUAAUGUCUUCGAGGCCGUCGACAUCAUCCCGUGUAUCAAAGGAGGCGCUUAUGAAGAGCUAUCCUCCAGCGUUGGGGAGGCACUGUGCAGGCGUCCCGACGAUUCACCUGGAAUCUACACUUGUAGUCCCGAGGACAGAUUGGACUCAAUCUUCGACACAGUUCGGAAGUCAAGAGUACAUCGUCUGAUAGUAGUGGACGACGAUAACCGGCUUGUGGGUGUCAUUUCCCUGUCAGACAUACUCAAGUACGUGCUCCUGCACGGAGAAGAGGACGACAGCAAGGGACCCUGA